AGAAGCAAACAGUGAAUUGGGAUGGCGCACUGCUGACUAUAGUUGCCCAAUUGACACAUAGCCUCCAGAAAGAAACUCAAAUUAAGAUGAGGGCCAUAGUUCAGCGAGUAACUUCUGCCAGUGUUGAGGUGGAAGGCAAAGUUGUAUCAGCAAUCGGGCCGGGCCUAUUGGUCCUCGUCGGACUUCACGAGUCGGAUGUUGACUCCGAUGCUGAUUACAUAUGCCGUAAGGUGCUGAACAUGAGAUUAUUCCCUAACGAAGAGACAGGGAAGACUUGGGAUCACAGUGUUAUUCAGAAGAAUUAUGAAAUUCUGUUAGUGAGUCAGUUUACAUUAUAUGGGAUUUUGAAGGGAAAUAAGCCCGACUUUCAUGUAGCAAUGCCUCCGGAUAAAGCGAAACCCUUCUAUGCAGCAGUGGUGGAAAAGUUCCAGAAAGCUUACAAACCAGAUUCUGUGAAAGAUGGCAUAUUUGGCGCAAUGAUGAAGGUGAACUUGGUGAAUGAUGGGCCUGUUACGAUGCAACUUGACUCAUCACAGCAGUCAAAGUGAGUGGCUGAGUGCACCAGGAUGUCGCAAUGCCAUUUAACUUAACAAGAUAUUCUACAAUUAUUCCAUUGUAUCAUGAAACAUUUUUAGUCUCAUUAGGCAAAAUUUCUUGUACUCACCUGAGAAGGGCUGAAGUGAAAGAACAACAGAGGAAAAUAUUGAUGUCCAAUGUUCUAAAUAUUUUUAUUCAUUUUUGUAUUAAAAAUGCCACUAAACUUUCAUUUGCUCACCCAUUUUCUGCCAAUAAGAUCCUGACCGUUUGUACGAA